CUAAGAUAAAAUUUAAGCAUCAACAAAAAUUUAGAAUGAGUUUAGUUGUUUGUCUAAGUCAUCAAUGUCAGCGAAUUAUUCAUUAAGUUUGAACAAUUUUAUCAAAAUAUAGGUAACAUCUAAUAGUGAUUGUAGUAGUUUUCCAGUUUGUGAUAUGUCGUUGGCAACAUUCCAUGAUUUUUGCAAUAAUGUCUACCAAUGCGCAGAAAAACUAGGCGACGAAAUCGAAACUAAUAUAAACUACUCACAAAAUCUCAUUACAACCAAUGAGACAAUAGAUGUGAAACUUCCCCUGGAAAAAGUGAAAUUGUAUCACUAUUGUGAGAUAAUAAAACUCCUACAAAAUGUAAAAAGAGAUGUUAAAAAAAUACUCUAUCACGAGAAAUCCAUCAAUACAUUAAUAUCCACCAAAAAACUCUCAGGAGAAGAGAUCAAACAUUAUUUUUCAGUUGAAAAUGUGAACGAACGAAAAUCUACAGAAUAUUUUAUAAGACAGGAAAGAAGAAGGAAGGCUUCCCAAGUAUCUUUAUAUACACUAAGUACGUGGGAGGCUUAUUUAAAAAACAAAGAACAAGAAGAAGCAGCUAUUCCAGAAGCAUCAAUUGAAGCAAGUGCAGUACCCAAGAGAACUGCUCCAAAGUCCAAAAGAAAACAAAAAAAGUUUGUAUCUUCUACCUUUAAUGAUAUCUUGGAAAACGUUGACACCGAUAUUGAGAGUAACUGCAAGUCUAUAGUUGAAGAGAAUGAGGAUGAGGAUGAUGUUGGUUAUGAUAUAAAGCUCAGUAAACAAUUUCAAAGUUAUAGCGAAAACAAUUUAACAGAAAUGGUUGAGUCAUCAGAAUUAAGAUCCUGUGUUAGUGUAGAUAAUUUUGGACCAACGAAACCAAAAAUAGUUGAUGUUUUGUACAAGAAGCCACCAGUUACAGAAAUGGGUUUAAUUCAGAAAAUAUUUUAUCCGAAUAUUGGAUAGAGAAUGACGUAUUAAAAGGACAUAAUAGUUUACUUAUAUUUGUAAUAUAAAAUAUAUUUAUAAAAUAUUUUAAUGGAAUAUUAAGAUACAAAAAAAGUUAGAUAUUUGGUGCAA